AUGGAUAAUCGACGGCUAACUUCAAGAAUCAGAUCUAGCUCUUUUAGGCCAGCUCCUUAUCGGCUUUCUUCGGGCCUAUUAACAGGAUUCGUGGAUUCCGGAUCCAUCGGGCAAAGAAUGAACGAUCAUGAUCAUAAAGGCCUAGCGGCCAAAAAAAAGAAAUCUCUAACCAAAAUGUCUACCGUGCCAAAACGCUGUGUCAAUAUCGCCUGUCUCCAAGCAUAUCUCGUGUCUCUACCGUGGCAAAAGGAAGGGGCAGCUUGGGCAGGAACCCUAACAAAAGGCCAUGCAGACGCUAACGGACCAUCGCUCGCUACCCGACAAUUCAUCGUGAAGGUUGCUGGUGUGCUAAUGCCGGUCGCUAAUCACUACCCAGAAACUUAG